AUGAGCAAAAAAACUAAAAAUAAAAGUGUUAAUGUUAACAAUUUAGAUAAAAAUGAAAAAUCUAAAACAACUAAAGAUUCUUCGAAAUUCAAGAUCGUAUUCGGGGUAUUUUCAAAAAUAAUCUCUUAUUUAUUUGUGGUUAAAGCAUUAUUUACGAUUUACGGUAUUUAUUUGGUGUACGUGUCGCUGACGAACGUUCCUGAUCUGCCCAAAGUCGACGUCAAUGUACGAUGGGGCGUCGAUAAUAACACGCACGACACCAGAAUAAGGCCCUACAGGGUGAUAUUUAGUGACGCGAUGGAAUCUGAAAUCAGGGCGCUUUUUGAAGACUACCGUCUCAUGGAGAGGAAGAUAAAGAGCUUCAAAAACACGGCUUGGACAUACGGCGUUCAUUCAGAUGCGUUCGCACAGUUUUUCUCACAUUGGAUAUUCAAAUACAAGUUCAGGGAACGUGUGAAGUUUUUAAAUAAAUACGAUCAUUUCUUGACUAAUAUUCAGGGUUUGGAUAUACAUUUUGUUCAUGUUAAGCCGAAAGCUGAUAAAGAUGUGAAGGUGGUACCCCUUUUACUUCUGCACGGCUGGCCGGGUUCUGUUAGAGAGUUUUACGAAGCAAUUCCACUUCUAACUACUCCGAGACCAGAUUACGAUUUUGUUUUCGAAGUAAUAGCUCCAAGCUUACCGGGCUUCGUGUUUUCUGAGGCGCCAACACGACCCGGAUUAGACACGUACGAAAUGGCCAUAAUAAUGCGAAACUUGAUGCGUAGACUCGGCUACACCCAAUACUACAUUCAAGGCGGCGAUUUCGGGCACAUGAUCGGAUCCCAUAUCGCCACGAUCUUCCCCUCAGAAGUACUUGGCUUCCACACGAAUUUCCCAGCUAACACAUCCAAAUUGUCUUUAUUGACUUGGCUCCUGGGCGGAUUGUUGUGGCCUUCGUAUUUCGGUAACGGCAUUGAGGACAGAAUGUAUCCUCUGAAAGACAAAUUGGAGUUUUAUUUGGAGGAGACCGGGUAUUCGCAUCUGCAAUCAACGAAACCAGAUACAAUUGGUAUUGUCCUAACUGAUUCACCGGUAGCCUUAGGAUCAUAUAUCUUGGAUAGGUUCAUGAUCUUCACGAACCAUACCAAUAAGUUUGAAGAUGAAGGCGGCAUUGACAAGUAUUACGAUUUUGACAAGUUACUGGACAACAUAAUGUUAUAUUGGGUCUCCGGGAGUAUAACCACGUCACUGAGGAUUUACAAGGAGACCUUCGCAGGUUCGAGGUUGAAUAAUCUGGCUCAAGUUCCAACUUCAGUUCCAACAUGGGCGCUUCGUUUGAAAUACGAGCUUUUCCAACACCCAGACUAUAUGCUUCGUUGGAAGUACACUAACCUCUUGGGCUCUACCAACUUGGACUACGGAGGUCACUUUGCCGCUUUCGAACGACCGAAGGACUUCAGCGAUGACGUGUUUAAAGCUGUAAAAGCUUUUAGAAAUUUUAAGUGA